AAUAUUCAGUUGACAACGGUACGUCGGGCGUACUCAUCAAGUUUUCUACGCUUCGUUAGGAUCAUUGGAGUUUAAACCUCGGACCUAAUGCCGGCACCCGGUGAUCGAUUUGACUGGUAUCAGUCAGAGGGUAAUGUUUGCAUAAAUUACCUAAGGAAAAAUAUGAAACCAACUGACGUACGAGUGGAAAUAGAAAGUCGGAAGAUUUUAUUGUACCUUACUAUCCCCACUGGUGACGAGUUGCUCAGAAAAUUUCAGUUACUUCAUGAAGUUGUCCCAGAGAAGUCAUCAUAUCGAGUCACUGCCACAAAAAUCGAAAUCAAAUUAAAGAAAAAAGAUGAAGUUAGGUGGAGUCAUCUGGAAGCUCAAAAUUGUAUUCCUGGUUCGGGAAUUCCCACGUCACAAGAUAUCACUAAAAUUGUUCACUCCUAUCCAUCCUCAAGCAAAUCCGCACACGAUUGGAACAAAAUUGAUAAAGAAGCAGCUCAAAUAGAGGGAGAAGAAGAUCCUUUAAACAAGUUGUUCAGAAAUAUCUACGAAAAUGCUUCCGAUGAAACUAGAAGGGCGAUGGUUAAAAGUUUUACGGAAUCAGCUGGCACCGUCCUGAGCACCAAUUGGAGUGAAGUUGGAGCGGGUAAAGUUGAAAUGCGACCUCCAGAUGGAAUGGAAUUUAAAAAGUAUGAAAUGUAAUGACUGUUACCAAAAGUUACUUUAUUCUUACUAUUAUUUUUCAAUGGAAAUAAAGCAUUUUUACGGUCAUG